UUAAAAGUUAUGAUGUCAAAAAGAUCAAAUGAUCAAACUUCAGGCGUCUAAAAAUGCAUUGGUCUGCAAGAGAUUGAAAAAAAAAAAGUAAAACGGUUCCGUUUGGAUAGUGCAAAAAAGUACAUAAACGUAAACUCACACGGCAUCAUUUGUAAUUUUAUCUUAGGCGGGAAUUACCGUUUGCGCUAAUAGUUCUUUCUAUUUCCAAUGCACGCUAGGUGUUUGAUAGUUUGCCUCUGAGAGUCACUUGACAAAUUUCCAAAGGAAAAUCCAGCUACUGCAAUGAACAUUACCCGUCUCUUACGAGUAAUAAACCAUAUCAACUUCCUAGGCAAUCAAAUUCGCUUCUUUGUUCGCGACCCAUUCCCAAACAAACUCACUCACUACCUUCGUAGAUCCGAAUUGAUUGAUUCCAUUCGACUAGCACUCCGGUCAAAAUCACCCAGUUCCAUCACCGCUAUCCUUACCAGCUCCCGCAUUUUAGACCCGUUUGUGAUCACUCAAACUAUUCGUUCUGCCCCUAACGCUGACUCAGCUAUUUUCCUUGUUGAAUCACUUAAAAAGAUCCACCAUUUCACACAUAAUCAAUCUACAAUUCAUGCCCUGGCCACAGUUUUAGCUAGAUCAUGUAAAACUUGUGAGUUGAAAUCACUAGUUAGUGAAAUUAAUGCGGGGAAGUAUGGUAAUGUUCAUGUUAGUUUUAUGAAUCUUAUGCAAUGGUAUGCUAUUGUUGGUGAUCUGGAUGCAGUUUUAGACGUAUGGGAUGAGUUUAGGCGUAAUAGUGUUACCCGUGUUUGUACUGAGUCCUACAAUAUUGUUAUGAGUCUGCUUGCGGGGAUGGGCAAGGAUUUUGAAGCUGUGGAGAUAUUUUAUAAGAUGAUUGACGAGGGGGCAAUUCCCAACUCGAGAACUUAUACGGUUAUUAUUGAGCAUCUUAUUAGUUCAGGUAAAUUGGAUUCAGCAAUUGAGGUUUUUAGGAUAUUGCCUUUGAUGAGGAUCAAGCGGACUUCAAAGCAGUAUUCGAUUUUGGUGGAAGGGUUUGUGGGUGCCCAGAGAUUUGAUGAGGUCAAAACAUUGCUUAAUGAAAUGAGGAUUGAUGGUAUGUUUCCUGGUCGUGCUAUGCAUUUGGUUUUGCAGCGUAUGCAGGAUGCAGGAUUUGUUCAGGAGACAGAGGAGUUCCUUAGAGAAAUGUUUCCAGAUGAGAGAAUUAAGACGAUAGGUACUUGCUCUGAUAGUGAUGGGGAUGAGGAUGAAGAUGAUAAUGAGGAUGUUAAGCAGGGAGAUGUCGAGAUUGAUGGUGAUGAAGUUAGAUUAAAACCGUGGUUGGAUCCAAAAGCUUUGGCAAAUGCUUUGAAUAAAUGGAGUCCUGAAAUAGUGACCACAUUGGAGGAAGCAAAGUUUGUAUGGACGACUAGGUUGGUAUGUAAGGUGCUUAGGAAUUUUAGAUUGCCUGAAACAGCAUGGGAAUUCUUUUGUUGGGUUGCUUAUCAACCAGGAUUCACUCAUGAUAUCUAUACGGUUCAAAGGAUGAUGACACUUUUAGCACGACACGGGCAAGUUGAAUUAGUUGAUAAACUCAUAACCAAAAUAAGAAGAGAGGGAAUGAGAUUGCCUUUUAGCACAAUCAGAUUGAUUAUUGACUUCUAUGGCAUUUCAAAGAAUGCUGAUGCCGCAUUGAAGGUUUUUCGCGACGAUAGACCUCUCUGUGGUUCAAUCACAAACUACAAUCUGAUGCUUUUGUACUCAUCUCUAUUGCGAACAUUAACCAAGUGUAACAGAAAUUCUGAUGCCAUGGAUUUGCUUGAAGAGAUGAUUUUAUCUGGGAUAAACCCAGAUAUCCAGACAUAUUCCGGGUUAAUGUAUCACUUUGCUUUGCAGGGAGAUGUUAAAAUUGUGCAAAGACUGUUUACAAUGGUUAGGCAGAGUGGUGUGGAGCCGGAUGCUUAUAUGUUCAAGGUACUCAUACAGGCAUAUUGCAAAUGUGACAGAGCUUCUCUUGCAUGGCGGGUUUUCGAAGACAUGAAAAACUCAAAUCUUAUGCCUGAUACCGCUACAAAGGAUUUGCUCGUCAAAAGUCUUUGGAAAGAAGGCAAGCGGAGAGAGGCGGCCAUGGUAGAAGAAAGCUGUGAGGAAAACAACAAUGUCCUUCCCAUUGUUUUACAAGGUCAUAUUUGGACAGUGAGCUCUGCAGAUCUAACAAGAGUGUUUGACAUUUACUCCAACAGUUUCAAGUCAAAUAGUGCUUAGGAUUUCUCCUGGACUUGCAAUGAGCAGAAAUCUCUAGGUACGUUUAAAAUUUUGGCUUAGCAUUACAUAAAAUGAAAAUUGGACUUGAAUUUUUGAGUGCUUUAUCCUGCCCUGUUAGUAAAUUAUUUGUACUGUACCACAAGAACAAAGAGUUAUAUUCAUUACUUAUAUCUUCUUGUAUAUUUUGUGUUUACCUGAAUGAAAUGCUCGAUAUAAAUUAUGUCCACCAAGAAAAUAAGACCACAACUCUUACA